AUGGCCCAACCUGUCUCCCUUGCCCACAAGUCUCUCCCUCACUCUCAUUAUCCUUUACUGGCUGGAUUAUCAACUCGGAUGGCGCAGAUCAACACGUAUGUCAAUGGGAAACUAGUCCCGUAUGAGACAAUCAGACUAUGGGAGGCGAAGCGACUGGCCCAUGUGACCAACUUUGUUUACCGCCAACUGGGCAUGCAGCAGCCACUUGGCGCGCAAACCAUGGAUGAGAAGAAACGCAGCUUGGCCGAGCUGAAGAUCGAGGUGGGCGAAGACAAUGUUCGCAAGAUGCUGGGCUUCUCUCUUGGUCUCUCUCAGCUCGUGAUGAAGAUUGCCAGCUUUCUGUCGUUUGGCAGAAGGAAGUACAGUGUUGUGGAAGUCGCCAUAAGCGGUGUAGAUCUCGAACCCAGCGCGUUUUUGGACAAGCUGAACCACAUCAUGCUGAACGACGGCGUGGAGUAUAGCAAGAUGAGGCUCAUGGCGUGUCCCGACCACUAUUUGAUUGUAAAAACAGGAGGGGCCACCCAGGAGGUGAUUGAGACAACUGGUGGCUCGCCAUUCCCCACCCAGUUCUACAUCUGUUAUGGUGAUUCCACGGGCCUACGCUCUCAGAUGGAUCCAACCUACGACGUGCAGCUGUUUGGUGUUGCCCGUACAAAGAGUGGAACUCUCAUAGGCGGUGUGAGGCACCAGAUCAGAAAGGAGUCGGACGGUCUGAGAUUGAAGCUCUUAGUAGAGUUCCCCGCGUUGAUCCUGGACUGGAUGGUUAGACAGCACCAGGCACAUCUGAUGUGUGAGUUCAAUAACUGGAUCAGAGAUGUGCUCAACAUGCGCUCUUGA